AUGGCGUUUGCACGGCUGUUUACGACAUCAUUGUUAUUGAUGAUCCUUGCCAUGCUACAUUACGCCACCACAUUUUCGUUCUUGUCAUGUUGUUCCGUUACUACCUGUGCGGUAGUCCUGUUCUGCUUCCUCUAUUGGUGCGUGCUGUACCCUGAGUUCUUCUCGCCUGUGCGGCACAUUCCCUCUCCUCAGGUAUGUCAAAGCGAUUUGAGUAUAUACCAUACUUGUUUCUCACAACCAGAUUUUGUACAGGGCCGAUCUUGGUUAUGGGGCAAUUCGAGUUCUUUGAAUCUGCAAUUUGAUCGCAUGCGUCGCUGUAGCAAGGAGGUUCCUAACAAUGGACUGCUGCGCUACUACAUGGUCGGUAACAUCGAACGAAUCUUGGUGACAGAACCGAGGACACUUAACGAGGUUUUGAUAGCCAAAGCGUAUGAUUUCAUGGUUCCGCAGUCUUUGAGGAUCAAGUUUCUCCGCUUCACGGGAGAUGGAAUCCUUCUGGCGCAAGGGGACAAACACAAGACACAACGCAAAGGACUUCUCCCCAGCUUUUCCUAUCGAAGGAUAAAAAAUUUGUACCCUACCUUCUGGUCAAAGUCGGUUGAGGUAGCUGAUGCGAUAAAGAAGUAUAUCGAUGCGUCCCCAUCCCCGGAGAAGCAGGAGGUACAGAUCCGCGGUUGGGCGCAUCGAGUGACACUGGAUAUCAUUGGAACAGCUGGAAUGGGUCACGACUUUGGGGCCAUCCAGAAUCCCGAAUUGGAAUUCCAUCAACGAUACAAGAGCCUGGCACUGAAACCAUCGACUGGCACCAGGCUGUUAAUGCUUAUUGUUUCGUCCACAAUAGGCUUUGAAAGGAUAUUUCAGCUACCAACAAGAUGGAACCGGGAGUCCAAAGCAGCUGCGAGCUACAUCCGAGGUGUGGCACGUGAAAUCGUGCAUGAGAAAAGGUACUCUAUUGGCGAUGCACAAGGCAAGGAUAUUGCUACGACUGCCAUAUCUAGUGGGUUGUUUUCUGAGGAGGAAAUGGUCAACCAGAUGAUGACAUUACUUGUCGCCGGCCACGAGACAAUCGCCGCGUCGUUGCAGUGGGCUGUAUACGCGCUUUGCAGCCAUCCACAUAUGCAAAUUCGCUUGCGGGAAGAGAUACGAACGUACUUGCCUUGCACGGUGUCGAAGGAAGGUGAACCGGCUCCCAAAAUCACCGCGACUCAAAUCGACACAAUGCCGUACCUGAACGCUUUCUGUAGCGAAGUGUUUCGAUUCUAUCCACCUGUGCCUUCUACCAUCAAAGAAGCUAGGGUAGAUACAACUAUUGCGGGUACAUUCAUCCCUAAAGGUACCACGAUGCUAAUACCCAUUGGGUCGGUCAAUUUGGACCAGAAUCUUUGGGGUCCAGAUGCCAGCGAAUUCAAGCCUGAGCGCUGGCUCGGAGAAUGUCGCUCUGGGAGUGGAGGCGCCAGUAGUAAUCACGCAAAUCUUACCUUUCUAACAGGGCCUAGAGGAUGUUUGGGUCAAACCUUUGCGAGGUCUGAGCUACUUUGUCUAGUAGCUGUGCUCGUAGGUCGCUUUGAAUUCAUUUUUCAGGAUCCAACAAAGAAGAUUGAGACUAUAAGGUCUAUCUCUAUAUCGCCAAAAGAUGGUGUUUUAGUUAAUUUGAGAUGUAUAGAAGAUUAGUUAGUCGCUAGUAUAUGAAGAGGGCUCCAGGGCAGCCCUUCAACACCGACCUACAACGAGUGACAAUUCGCUCCUCGACGAGCCGUUCAUGAGUGCUAAGACUGCUGUUUGUAAAUCUGGCAUCCGCGACCAGACCCAACCUUUCUUCCUUCCAUUCUAUUCCCCCUUGUCUUCCAUCUCAUCAUAUCAAUGAAACUCAGCCUGCACGACUCCAUAUCCCACUCCUCCCACCCUCAACUCAAAUACAAGAUCUGCACUCUGUAUCC